AUGCCCGUUAUGCCCCCAGAGCGCGAUAGCGUGUACGCCGUCGUCCUGUGUUAUGGUCAAGGGGAUGCUGCCAGGCAGGCAAUGCGCUCUGAUCCCUGGCUCACGAUUGGACCAACACACGGACACACCGCAAUGCCUUCUCCGCCUCGACCACGCCACCUCGUUCUGCCCGAUCCCUCUCCGAGAAUAGAGCCGAAUACAGCCACGCCCCCCUUCACCUAUGCAGGCAUAGGGCACGAUCUGGAUGAAGAUCCUCCCACGAUUGGUGUCGGACCCGUAGAUCAGCAGCUCGCGUUCACGCCGGCCGUCGCGCCGCCAGCCGUGCCAUUUCCGCAGAGCGGAAACCUACCCGUUCCAGACGUAUCAGGGGAACAGGAUCAGCCAGGAUCAGAUGGGGAGGAUGGAGCGGAAGUGGAUGACGUGGACGAUGACCUCUCCUCGUUAGGGCUCGGUGCAGGCGAAGAGGUUGUUGACCCAGAGACUCUACCAGCCGCUUUGCUUGUGAUCCACGAAGCUAUAUACCUCAUACGACAGAACGAGCUCACGAACCACCCAAGUCGGACACCUCUCGUGAGGGCACUGCACGACGCUUUGGCCGAGUACAUGCCGCAACACGGGAUGCCAGCCCACGCGCAGCCCCUCGUAGCUGCAGCAGCUCAAGAGGAGGCCCCAGGUUAUGGGCCUGCAGCAAAUGAUGAUGACCCUCAAGACAUGGACGGGGAGGCUCAUGCAGAUCAUCAGGAUGACCAGCAUGUCGGGCAUGAGAUGAACGACAACGAAGCCGGCCACCCCAAUGCCCAGCCUGCGCCAGAUGCCGAGCACGGCGCACUACCACCUUUUGUACCUGCGAUUGCCGCACCGAGGGUCUCGGUAGCGGUCGGUGGGGUCGAAAACGUCGUCCUCGGGCCUCACCUCGCCCAUGAAGCCGGACCGAACGCCGACGCCACACCGCUGCCAGUCGGCGGGCCUUCGGACUCAAGCAGUGCAGGUCCCAGUCGGGUUCGCAGCCCCGACCCCAGUGCCGUUCCCCUUGCAGAGGAAAUCGGUCGCGUCCUACAGACUGAGCCUGGCGCGGCUGCCUUUGCUUGGAUCUGCGAGAGGUUCUGUCUCCAGGGACAAGAGCGCAAGGUGGACAAUGCGUUGAUCAGGGCUAUGGACCGGCUGAAGAGACUUGAGAGGCAAGGACCUCAAGCGUAUCUAUCACCCAGUGAACUCGAUCCCGCGCCGAUCCCAGGCCCGAGUCGCAGCACGCAUGCGAAAACAACUCGUAGCCACAAACUCCUCCGUACUUUCAUAGACACGGUAAAAUGGAAGACAACCGGAAGAAGUCGCGACUCCGAUCCUCUGCGGAGUACACCGGCAACAGUCAAGCACUAG